AUGUUCAUAAUUGAAUUCACAGAUGGUAUAAAAUUAGGAAUAUUUAUCAACUUUAUAAUUUUCACAUUUUUAUUAUUUAAUAAAGUAUUACAAUUAAUACUAUUUGGAUCGUUAAGAAUUAUAGAAGUUGAACAUCUUUUUGAGAAAUUACCUAUAUUUGCAAUCAACCUAUCAUUAAACAUGGCCACCGCAGAAUCAAAUAUGAUCUUAAAUGUUGGGUUAAUGGGUUUAGCAAUGACUUUUAAAAUGAUUCAUAUAGUAAUGUUUGAUAGACUAGAUUUUUUAAACUUAAAAUUAUUUAAUAAGGUAAAUGAAGAAAUUGAAGAUGAAAUGAAUCCUUCUGGUACUGAAUUUAACUUGAGGUAUAUAAUUUUUUAUUAUUUGAGUUCAAUUAAUUUUUGGUUAAAUUUAGCAUUAAUUGUUUUAGACUUUGGUUUUGCGAAGUUUUUAGUCUAUGAUGUAUUUCAAGGUGUCAAUUCAGUGACUUGUCUAUUAUUUGGUUUCCAAUAUGCCGUACAAGGGGUUGAAGCAUUAACUAAUUUAGCUAAAUUAGCAUUAGGAUUUUAUGAAAUUGUAUUUUACAAAAUUAAGGCAAGAGCUUCAAGAGAUAGAGAAGCUGAUGAAUCACAACUUAUAUUAGAGCAAUCAGACGUGGAGGAAGAGGAAGAUCUUGCAAAUUCAACAAUUGAAGCUGAUACUAGUAUUGAAAUAUCUGAAGAAAGUAUAGUUGAACCUUCUGGUAAUCUAGGAGAAACAGACGCAGAGGAUAUUGACAAUGAAGAAGACGAUGAUGAUGAUAUGGAUUUUGUGUGGGAAAAUAAACCAUACUACAGUAAAGCAAUUGAGAUUUCAUCGGCAUUAUUAACUGCAACUUCAUAUUUAUUUGUCAUAUAUUUACUUACAUACCAUUCAGGAUUAUCAUUACCCUUAUCAAUGUUACAAGGAACUUAUUCAUCACUCAGAAAAGCUUGGGUACAAAUUAAUCAACUUUUAGCAUUUAUAGAAUCAUCAAAGAGGUUAGAUACUCAAUUACCAAAUGCAACUCAAUCCGACUUAGCAGAAAAUGAUAACUUAUGUAUAAUUUGUCGUGAAGAUAUGUACUCCAUAGAAGAUUAUCAAAGAAUUUUUAAAAAACCGCAAUCAUCAAGAAGAUGUGCUAAAAAAUUACAAUGUAAUCAUAUUUUACAUAUGGGUUGUUUAAAAGAUUGGUUAGAAAGAUCAGACAAUUGUCCCUUAUGUAGAAGAAAAGUAUUUGGUGGAACAAAUAUUAAUACAAGACCUGCAACUACACCAGGAUGGCAAGAGCAACAAAAUCAAAAUCAAAAUCAUCAUAUACCAAACAAUGCUCCACCACCACCACCUGCACAAGAUAUACCACAAAAUGGUUCACAACCACUUUCACCACAACCUCAAUCACCUCAAUUCCCACAUACUGGAAAUUCAAGUGCUACUACAACAGGAGCAUCAACUCCAAGAAAUUUAUAUCAUCAAUUUAAUCUAUCACAAUCCAAUUUCAGAAGAGUGUCGAAUGACGCCAUGAACGUGCUAAAUAAUAUGGACAGAGAAGGAGACGAUGUUAGAGAAAGAUUAAGAUCAAGACAUCAACAUCAACAUCAACAUCAACAUCAAAAUGCAUCAAGAUCUAUAGAUGACGAAGAAUAUGAAAGACACCAACGAAUAAUCCAGCGACACAGUGAAGGUUUCGGAAUAAAUGAUACCCCAAUAGAAUCAUCAUCUACAUCAAAUAAUCUUGAACCAACUAGAACAUUACCGAUACCAAGAUACAUGCAACAAUCAAACAAUAUGUCAACAACGACAACUAUACCAACUACUACCCGACCUUCUUUUCAAACUAUACAUUUACCUACUACGGCAAUACUACCACCAGAUUGGGUUUUGUUACCACUAGAAAGAGUUAACAAUGAUGGAAAUGAAAAUGAAGAGAUAAAUUAUAAAGUCAAUUUAACUACCAGUACACAAGCUAACUUAAGAAUAAGGCAUAAUAAUCAUAAUAAGUAA